AUGGAUAUCCUAGAGACAGACUCAAGAUAUAAGAAAAGCUCUCUGGCUAAUGUAAAACGUACUAUUUCAAAACUACUACCUUUCCUAGUGACUGUAUGCAAUUAUUUUGUGCUGUGGAUUCCCCUCUCGGAGCCAGGCUGGUACAAUGCACUGAUUAAGUGCUUACCAAUCAUCUGUUUGGAGUUUUUCAUUGUUGUCCAUUCCAUUGGCUCUGGAAAGUUCAGUUCAUAUGCAAAGAAGAUCUUACUGGGAUUAGCCUUCUCAGCAGCUGGAGAUGUCUGCCUGGUUUGGCCAGAAUAUUUUCAACUUGGAAUGGUGAUGUUUGGACUGGCACAUAUCUUAUACACAAUUGCCUUUGGAUUUCAUCCUCUCAAUAUUCGUCUCUUUAUUAUCUUUGCUCUCUUUUGUGCCACCUUUUACUCCCUGACAAUCCCUUAUUUAAGUGGACCUUUUAUUUAUAUGGUGGCCGGCUACUCAAUGUUGAUCAGUACCAUGGCAUGGCGGGCGCUGUCCAGAGUCAAGCUGGCAUCCCAUGAUUUCUCCUGGGCACAUAUAUCUUCUGCAUUAGGCUCCAUAUCGUUCAUGAUCUCUGACUGCGUCCUUGCAGUUGACAAAUUCUGUUUCCCAUUCUCUAACGCAAGGGCCAUUGUCAUGUCAACAUACUAUGGAGCCCAGUUACUAAUCUCCCUAUCAGUAAUUGGACCAUCUCAAGAUGAGUUUCUGUGGAAGUCAAGAUAA